AUAUUGCAUGUUGGCCUAUUUGUUUUGUUUGCCUUUUUUUAGCUGAACAGUGCGAUUCCCUGACUGCACGAAGCUUGAGAAGUCUUGUUUCAAGGGUAUAUUUUCUGGAAAGUACAGAGAUAUCAUUUAGGAUGUCAGUGCCAUGCAGGAUAAUUGGUGACCAGGUUUACUUUAAUGUGUCCCAGGGCAUGGCGUUGUUCUCCACAAUGACAGGGGGUGGACAGGGUGAAGAUCCAGGCCAAGAUAAUCAUGCAGAGUUCCAAACACACCCUUCAGCAGUAAAAACUACUACAUCAGAGUCCAAUGACACCAACAUAUCUGUGGGUGACCUUGACCUCUCAGGUCAAGGCCAAGGUCAAAAGAGAUUAAAUCUCAAGAGUAAUUGUGGAACUGGUAAACAUAAAAGCCAUGUGGUUGUAGACAGUGGAGACUUGGACUGCAGCAUCAAUAAAAUGGAAUGUAUCUUGGCAGAUUAUGGUUUACCCAUUAAAGAAGAUCACAUUAAGAUGGUGGACAAGGAGGUUCAUCUGUCCCAGGAUGCUUUUAUAUAUCUGUUCUUCAAGGUGAUCAGCUUAAAGGGACUUGAUAAUGACCAGAAGGCAGCUUACCUACAGAUUUGUCAGGAGAUUGCACAGAGCUACAAACAUUACCUGUUAACUGUGUGCUCACAAAAUCUGUGUGAACUGGAGAACUACAAAUUUAGCAUUCCAUGCAGGACAUUCUCAGAGCCUUUAGCUGAUGUUGUCUCAAGGGAUGGCGAGGGUGGAGAAACAGGUUUUGAUGGGAAAAACAAAGAUCAUAAUGCUAUAAUGACGCAGAGUGAAAGAGCAGAAUUUUGUAAAGAACUGACUGAAGUGAAAAUUGAUGGAAAAGCAGACACAGGUGAAAGAGAGAAUGGGCACUCUGAAAAACAAACAUCAGUAAACAAAAUUUUUGGUGAUGACUCUGAACUUGGGACACCAUCUCAUUGUGCAGUAAAAGAAACUUUUGGAAAUAGCGAACAGGACGAAGACAGUGAGCUGGGAAUCAAAAGAGAGUUGCUGGAUGAUGAAAAUGAACUUAAUUUUGAAUCUGUAGAAAAAGACAGCUUUGGAAAUGGCCAUGAAAGCGAAGAUGGAGAACUAAAAACAGAACAUGAAUUAGACUCUAGAGACAAUAAUAAAACAAAGUGUGUCUAUUUAGAUAGGAAUGUUAGGACCCACAGAAAAAUUAGACAGGUUGAAAAAAGACAACCAGCACUGGCAAAUCAAAAUAAAGAUGACACCACUGUCAAGAUCCAGACAAGAAAACCCAACCAGAAUCGGAAAAGAAAAACUUCAGUUAAAUAUUCCCAAGGAGGGACAAGAGUAAACACGAGGAAAAAAACAAAGAGAAAGACCACCAAAUCUAAUUUGUCAGCACAAAGCUGCAAAUUGGACUGUACACAGUUAAAAAAUUUACAAUCAGAGGAUUUAAAGCAAUUUGAUUGUGACAGGUGUGACAGGAAGUUCUUGACAGAGGUUGAACUUCAGAAACACAGCAGAGCUCAUUCUGACAGCGAAUUAAGGUGUCCACUAUGUGACCUGGUUUUUCAGUGCAAGGUCAAGGUCAGGGAACAUUUGGAAAGCCACGCAGAAAGGAAAGAAUUCAAGUGUGUUCAUUGUGAUAAAAUAUACACAACUCUUUAUGGGUUAAAAACUCAUCAAAUCAUUCAUCAUGGACCUUUUGGUGAGCAUAGAUGUGAUGAGUGUCAGAAAGUUUUUAACAAUCCAAGAUCCCUUGAACAACAUGUAAAAAGGGUGCAUAAAAAACGUUCAUUGCUAUGUGACUUCUGUGGAAAACAUUUUGAUCGUGAGUCUGCAUAUCGUGCACAUGUGACAAAGCAUCGUAACCUAGCAACAGGAAAACAUGCAUGUCAGUACUGUGAAAAGAUUUUCAGCUCAAAAGUAGACAAAGUGCAACACGAAAGAAUUCACACGGGUGAGGCUCCAUUGACGUGUGAAUUUUGCGGAAGGGCAUUUAAAAGAGCACAAAACCUACGCCGCCAUCUGGUGGAGAUUCACUCGGGAAUUCAACAUGAAUGCCCACAGUGUGGCAAAUUGACGAAUAGCAAGCAUAAUAUGAAACGCCACAUAAGUCUGAUGCACGAAAAGAACAAGGAUAAAAUACUUUUGAGAAAUCGUGGGACCAAAUUAAACAGGAGUAGGAAACAAUAUAACAAGGGUGUUGCCAACACUUCAUCAACAAGGGGGUCCCAGUUGAACUAUGAAAGCAGGGGGAACACUUAUCAGACGAAGUGUCUUUAUGUUGAUCUGGACAAAUCUAAACACUUAAUCACAAAGGGUUUUACACAUCAUACCAGUAACCUCUCCAAAAUAGUGCCCAAUCAAGGCAUUGGUGUCACAUAUUUGAAAGGAAGCAUUGGCCAUCAAGAUCAUAAGAAUGCACAGCAUGACAGUGCAGCCGACCACCACGUUACUGACGAUCAGGACAUGCAUGCAUUCUAUCAGCUCUUUGCACAGCCCACACACGAGGUGGAGGUGGUGACUGCAGACGCCGUUGACGCGGCAACUGACCCCGUGUUUGUAGCAUUUCAGCCAACAAAUGUUGCUUACAAACAUACAUAGACACCCAUGAUAUCGAUGAUUAAUUUGAACUAAUGCAGUUGGAGACAAGUUUAUGAUGAAUUUUGCCUGCAGUGUGGUAGUUCAGAAGCUGUGUCUGUUUAACACUGCAGAUAAUGUUUAAAUGUCCUUUUAUUUCUCAUUUUCUUAAUUUUUUGUUAAUAUCAGACAUGAGUCUGGGUUUUUGAAAACAUCUCAGAGUACUUAAAGAUUAAAAGCUCUUUUGUCACAAACUCAGUAAAAACUUAUCACUAACUGUGACUCACAUGACAUUAGGCCAGCAAGGGACCUGUGUAAUCAGUUAGUUCCUAUAAGAAAUGAAUUUAAAAUCUUGGAAUUCUGUGAUUCUGCGGAAAAAGCUCACUACUGUUGUAUCCCAUCUUUAGUUUACAUUCUCUCUCUCUCUC